AUGCAAUACCUGUCCUUGACGCCCAUCGCGCUGGCUCUAGACGACAAGAUCCGGCACCCUUCAUGGGACGCUGCUUUUGAAGAAGAAGAAAGAGAGCGCCAGCGGAAGGCAAGGCUUGUAGAGAAGCUGAAGCUCCACACGGUCAUAUCCCGGCCACCAUCACAGAAAGAAGCCGCAUUGCCCAUGCUUAUCGAACAGGUCAAUUGUUCGUGGGAACUCAAUGCUUUGCUGCAGCAAAACAUAGGCAUGAUUGGCAGGCGCAUGAAUCGGUCCCAAAGCGUUAGUGAGCGCGUGGCUGAUUCGGCGAAUGAUCUAUGGGACUAUGUGUACAUGGCUCUGAGCUACAUCGUCCAUGUGUGGCUGUGGCCUAUACUCGGACAAGUCUUUGUAUCGAUAUUGAUGGCCAACCGCGUAGCUGCAGAAGUCUUGCUGCGAGUACUGCACUGGCGUCCAGCAGCAUCUCCUGAUGGACCCGCCCUCAAGGACAUGUCUGCAACUGCCCAGCAAAUCGACAUACGCCUACAGCAAUUCUGCUACUGGCCCAUCCAGUACCUUACUCUACGAAAACGCAGAACUAGUUGGGGCAGUAUCACCAAUAGCCACCCGGACUACAUUCGUUUCUACAACAGUCUAUGGCUCGUCGCAAAUGACAUAAUCAUGGGCAUUGCAGUGGCCUCGUACAUCAUGGACAACUUCAAUGCAGUUGCUGAUAACAUCGACAUGAUCUUCAGCACCUGGUCUAUAGACGGAUUGCGGCGAAUGAUCACCUGGCUCAUGGGCUCGCCCGGUGGUCUGAAACUGAACAACGAGCUCGCCGACUUCCUGGGUGACCUGUUCCUCUGGGUCAUCGACUACUGGGCUGGUACACCCUCCACCACCACCCCCAAAUACAUCCACCUGCUAAUACACUUAGGCUGCAUAUCCGUCCUCCGCCCCAACCUCCCCCUCUUCAUCAAACUCCUCAGCCUCUCCUCCUUCGCCGGCGCCACCAUGCCAAUCUCGCUCUUCAUGGACCUCGUCUCCCUGCUCACCCUCCACAUCUACGCCUUCUACAUCGCUUCCGCGCGCAUCUUCCACUGGCAGCUCACCAUCAUGAUUUCCCUUUUCCACCUCUUCCGCGGCAAGAAGCGCAAUGUCCUGCGCCACCGCAUCGAAUUCUUCUUCCUGCUGCCGACCGUCUGGGUGUUUUACCUGACGUUUGCGUGUGCGCGCGUCGCCGUCAUCGCGCUCAAGGCAGGGCUGGAAAUCGGGCUUGCGUGUCUUAAUCACUUCCCGCUUUUCGCCGUCAUGCUGCGGCUCAAAGAUCCCGCGCGCUUGCCUGGUGGCAUAUCCUUCCAACUCCUCGAUUCCACUCAUCCGCAAGCGGCGUAUGUGCGCCUGAAGUCCGUCCCGCUGUCGCUGCGGGCCAUGUUCAACCCGUACUUUGAACUGGGCGGGCGCAUCCGCAAGCAUUAUUUUGCGCCGGGCGUGUUCUUGAGUCUGGCGAGUGGCGAGUUUGUGCCGCCGAUGAAUCGGCGGUCGUUGUAUAGUUUGCAGUAUAGUAUGUUGCCGGUGGAGAGAGCGGGGGUGGGGGAGUUGUGGGAGGAGAGCAUAUGA